CUAUUUCAGUAUUUCGAAAUUUGCAAUACUUCCAGUCGUUGCGUUAUCAAAAUGUUACAUCGAGAUUUUUGUAUUUUUCCAGCAAACUUAUCUUCAUUUGCGUUUAAAUUUCUCGGUGUAUCGGCAAAGUGAACUUGUUUUGAUAAGUGCGGUUAUUAUAUUUUUGUCCUAAACUCUAUAGUGGCGUUAUUAUAAUUUUUUUGAACGAUUUUUGACAAUGAAGAAGUCAAUCAAACUGGAAAAAAUGUCUUCAGACGAAAGCGAAAAAUUAAACGGAAACAAGGAGUUUAAUAUAGUCUACAAGAAAGAUGCCAUGGAAACAGAUACUUUCUAUUUAGUGCACGUGGUAUUUUUGGUAUUUGGAAUCAUGCAUUUAUUACCGGUAUCCUUUUUCGUAACAGCUAAUGAUUAUUGGAUGUAUAAGUUUAGAAACGUCACGUUGGACACGAAAGAUCCAAACUACAGAUCGGCACUUCAGUCAAAUUUUUCGUCAGGAAGUAUGGUAGCGCAAUCUGUACCGACGGUGAUAUGCAUGAUUCUAGCGAUGGUGUUUGCUUAUAAAAUACGAGUGAAAAUAAGGAUAAUGUCGUCCUUGUACGUCUUGGCUGCAUGUUUCGUCGUGUCCACGUGUUUUAUUAAAAUUAACACGGAUAAAUGGCAAGCUGGAUUCUUUGCCUUUACGAUGACCACAUUAGCUGUAAUGAAUGGAAUACUGGCUUUAUUCCAGGUGAGUUCUUUGGCAUUAUUGUCGAAAUUUCCUCCCAUCUAUAUGAAGACGUUUCUCAUAGGACAAGGUGUCGGCGGAAUCUUCUGUUCGGCUCUUCAAGUGGUCGCUUUGAUAGUUGGGACGUCAUCUGAAGCUUCUGCGCUCAUUUACUUUCUAGUUGGGACUUUGUUGACAGCGGUAACUUUGAUUUUAUACCACGUCGUUCAUCAUCAAGAUUUUUACAAUGUAAUCAUCGAGAGCAAUCAGGAGGACACCAAAAGGGAUCUGAUCAGUUUCAGGGAAGUGAAUGAUAUAUCUGGUAAGAUUUGGUCAAGUUUGGUUAUGGUUAUAGCUGGUGCUCUGGCUUACGUUCCGACGCAUCCAUCAAUUGCUGCAUUGGUUGUAUCUGAGUAUAAAACUGAUUGGACUGAAAAGUAUUUUGUAGCUGUAGUUACGUUUUUGUUCAGUGACAUUUGCUGUGUAAUUGGAAGAGUUUUGGCGACAACCAUAAAAAAGAAACCUCACCAUUCAGUUUUGGCCGGUAUGUCAGUAAUACGAAUGAUUAUGUUCGUUCCGUUGUUCAUGUUUUGCAACGCUCUGCCCAGAGCACAUUUGUCCGUAUGGUUCCCGCACGAUUGGCAGUACGUCAUCAUUUUGGGCAGUUUUAUGAUAUCGAGCGGAUACUUUUUCAAUAUGGCAUUUUUAAAUGUAAUUAGGUUAGCUCCAGAGGCUGAAGAGACGUCGUACUUAAUAAUGCAGACUGUUAUUGGGAUAGUUGGAGCAGUAUUCUCACCUUUAGGAGUUUUAUGCGUUAAUUUAUUAUAGAAUAUAUUUUUUCAUUUGUAAAUAAUUAUAGAAUCACUUAUUUAAAUUUAGGUAAUUUAAGAGUAAUCUAAUUUAUACAUUUUUUUUUAGUAAAAUUGUUUCUUUUUUAAAAUAGGUUUUUGUAAAUAUUUAUUUAAUUUUGCAGUAAUUUUUAUAAAAGCUUAAAAUUUAUUAUUUUUAUUUCUUUAUUAAGAGGAUAUGUAGAAAAAGGAAUUAUCAAUCAUUGACAGUUAUUAAAAAUACAUAAUUAUAAAUAUUAUUAUAAUUAAAAAAAAAUAUCACAACUUGUUAUGACGACUGAGAACGGUUUGAAGGUCGUUAUUAAAAAAAGGUCAACACUAUAUCUCAAAAUACUGGAAUUUCGGUCUGUUCUUUAUCCAUGAUAUCGUCAUCUAAGGACAUGAGAUACAUGAACGUAAAAUAAAGAGCCGGAGCACUCAAUAGAUGCCACACGUCGUGCUUAUCGAAAAAUUUUAAUAAAAGACACUCUUGGUUCCAUUGACGGGAUUCGGCUGGCGUCACCUGAAAUUUUUUUUUAUUAUUAAGGGUUUUCUUCCAUAAUUUCAGCACAAAAUUCAUAUAUAAUACACAGAGUGGUCAAAUAUAAGAGGUAAAUGUCUGAACGGCCUAUUGUACAGAUCCUAUCGAAGAGAACCUGAUAAAAUACCUGUAAAUACCUCUAAUUUUAGAACGCACUGUAUAAUAUAUAACCUCAACUACUAUAAAAAUAAUUACUCACAGUCCAAAGUGUCGCUGCAUCUAAGAAAUAUAUACUAGACCACGACCAAGUUGCUAUACUCAAAAGUCCAUAACAAAUAGCUUCAAAGCAUACUCUCUCUUUGUUUAUCAGCUAUAAUGAAUUCAAUAAUAAUUUUACAGGAUGUUCGGAAAUACCGUCCGAAUAAUUUCAGAAAACAUGAAAAUUUUUUCAUAUGCAAGGCAUAGUUAUGAAUAUACAGGUACAAGUCCAGAUCCUUGGGUGUAUGCCUCCUAAAUGUACCGCAUCUCUAGAUAAUUUUUAAUAUUUUGACUAAUCCUUAACGUUGACGUUAUAAACUCCUGUACCUGUAGAGGAGUAAAUAGUAAAAUUUGGGUAUGUUCCAACACAGUACAAAUCAUGCGCUGUGUACAGUUUUUGCAUAGAGCGUACGAUUUGUACCGUAAUAUCGGUUUCGCCUGUGUUGGAACAAAUAGAUUGUUCCGAAUUAGAACUCGGAAAAAUAAUACAGUUUUUCUAACUUUUAACUUAGAAAAAUAGAUGUUUUUCCGACUAGGAACUCAGGAAAAUAGAUUAUUCCGACUUAGAACUCAGAAAAAUAGAUUAUUUUGAUUUAGAACUAGGAAAAAUCGAUUUUUUUUUGACUAAGAAGUCAGAAAAAACAGAAUAUUCCGACUUGGAACUCGGAAAAAUGUAUUAUUUCGACUUACAAAUCGAUAAAAUCAAUUUUUUUCUGACUUGUGACUUAGAAAAAUAAUUUUUUUCGACUAAAAACUUGGAAAAAUAGUUUAUUUCGAUUUGAAACUCCGAAAAAUCGAUUUGUCCGAUUUGGAAUUAGCAAAAAUAGAUUAGGACUCGGAAAAAUUGGAUUAUUCUUAUUUAGAAUUUGAAAAAAGCGAUUUCUCCGACUGUGAAUUCUAAAAAAUAAAUCAUUCCGACAUAGAACUCGGAAAAAUCGAUUUUUGUAACUUGUAACAUAGAAAAAUAAAUUUGUUUCGAGUAAGAACUCGGAAAAAUACAUUAAUCCGAAAUAGAAAUUCGAAAAAUCGUUUUGUUUGAUUUAGACUUUGAAAAAAUAGAUUAUUCCGACUUAGAACUUGGAAAAAUUUGAUUAUUCCGACUUAGAAUUUAGAAAAAUUGGUUUCUUCGACUUGUAAUUCGGAAAAAUAGAUCAUUCCGACUUAUAACUUGGAAAAAUAGAUUAUUCCGACAUAGAACUAGGAAAAAUCGAUUUUUGUAACUUGUAACAUAGAAAAAUAGAUUUGUUUCGACUAAGAACACGGAAAAAUAGAUUAUUCCGAAAUAUAACUCCGAAAAAUCGUUUUGUUUGAUUAAGAACUCGGAAAAAUGGAUUAUUCCGACUUAAAUCUCUGAAAAAUCGAUUUAUCUGACUUGGAAUUCGUAAAAAUAGAUUAUUCAAAUUUUGAACUCGGAAAAAUUUAUUAUUCCAACUUGGAACUCGGAAAAAUAGAUUAUUACGACUUAGAACUCCAAAAACAUAGAUUAUUUCGACUUAGAAUUAGAAAAAAUAGAUUAUUUUGACUUACUCGUAAAAAUAGAUUAUUCCAAUUUUGAAUUCGGAAAAAUUGAUUAUUCUGACUUAGGACUCGGAAACAUAUUUUUACAGUCUUGAAAUUAAAAAAAAUGAUUUUUCCGACUAAGAACUUGGAAAAAAUGGAUUAUUUCGACAUCAAACUGGGAAAAAAUAGAUUAUUCCGAUAUAGAACUCGUAAAAUCGAUAUUUUCUGACUUGUAACUUAGAAAAAUCGACUUGAUCGAUUUGGAACUCUGAAAAAUAGAUUAUUUCGAUUUAGAACUUGGAAAAUAUAGAUUUUUCCGAUUUACAACUUGGAAAAAUAGAUUAUUCCGAUUUAGAACUCGUAAAAAUCAAUUUAUCUGACUUUGAACUCGUAAAAAUAGAGUAUUUCAAUUUUAAACUCUGAAAAAUUGAUUAUUCCGAUUUAGGACUCGGAAAACUUAUUUUUACUGACUUGUAACUUAGAAAAAUAGAUUUUUCCGACUAAGAACUCGGAAAAAUAGAUUAUUUCGACUUAAAAGUAGUAAAAAUCGAUAUUUUCUGACAUGUAAUUUAGAAAAAUCGAUUUGUUGGAUUUGGAACUCUUAAAAAUAGAUUAUUUCGAUUUAAAACUCGGAAAAUCGAUUUAUUUGAUUUGGAACUCUGAAAAAUAGAUUAUUCCGUCUUAGGAUUCGGAAAAUUAGAUUAUUUCGACUUAGAACUUGGAAAAAAUAGAUGUUUCCGAUUUGCAACUUGAAAAAAGAGAUUAUUCCGAUGUAGAACCCCGGAAACUUAUUUUUACAGACUUGUAACUUAGAAAAAUAGAUUUUUUCCGACAAAGAAUUUGGAAAAAUAGAUUAUUUUGACUUAGAACUUAGAAAAAUUUUUUUUCCGAUUUAAAAGUAGGUCAUUCCGAUUUUGAACUCGUAAAAUUCAAUAUUUUCUGACUUGUAACUUAGAAAAAUCGAUUUAGAAUCGAUUUGGAACUCUGAAAAAUAGAUUAUUCUGUCUUAGAACUGUAAAAAAUUGAUUUUUUUGACUUGUAACUUAGAAAAAUUGAUUUUUAGAGCUUUUCUGACUAAUAAAUUAUUUCGACAAACAAAAUAUUUUUUUCACUAAUCUAUAAUCAAUAGGGUGUCAAACGGUCGCGUGCAAUGACCUAAAUGUCCCGUACCUUUAGAUAAGUUUUCAUAUUUUGACUAUUUACCGUUAACGUUACAAGAAUAAAUAUUAUAACAUGAAUAAACAUGCAAAUAAAAUUUCAAGUGCAAAAUCGUAUACCGUUUAUAUUUUUCACAAUAUUUCCUUCUUUCUGUACUUCUGUACCUGUAACUUAAUAUAUGUCUUUGCAGGCUUUCAUGUGAUCAUCAUUAGAAAUGUUGUGAAAUUCAUACAAGAAACAAAAUAUUGAAUAGCACUCAGAUAAAAGGUAAAUCUCUCAUUUAUUACCGAAGACAUCGUGUGAACAAGAAUAGAUAGCUGUUUUGAAUUGCUGGAAGGACAAUGCGAGAACAAUUCAAGAAACAAAAAUGUUUUUAGUUUAAUACGAAAAACAAAAUCUUGCACAUUUUUUUGUCAAUACUAUUCCUAGACUUCAUAAUUUUAACCUAAUAGGAUAUUUAAGAUAUUUAUAAGAAAAUUGAUUCUUUUUUAAAUUCGACGCCUUUAAUUUUGAAAAUUAUGCAUUUUCAGACCCAGGUUCGUAUGAAAAAAUUUUCAUGUUUUCUUAUGUAGAAUCCGGAUACCAAAUAAUAAAAUAUUUUCAGUAAGAGAUCAAUUGGUAUCUCGAUUAAAAGACUAUUUUAAUAAAAAAAUUAAAUACCUUCAUGCAAGUGUAGAAAAUGGCAUGUAUUACACCGUUACCCAUCAGCAAAGCUAAAAGAAAUGUACCAAAAUCAGUGACAUUUUCAUUAUACAACCACAGACCAAUUAUGAGCAUCGAAUAGUUGGCAAUGUUUGCUAUCAGCAAUAGCACGAAUCUGGCUGGAAUCAAAAUACAUUUUACACACAUGAAUUUAUUAUAAAAAAAUCUAAUCAUUAUGAUUCCUUACUUUUCCUAAUUGGUUUUAACGACUCGAAGCAAAAUCCAUGAUCGUUGAUGCAAUUCUUAAACUGUUCCAAUCCGUCUAUAACGUAAUUCAAAAAAUAAAUUUUGAACGAUAAACCCACCACUAGAAGCGUGUAGCACACCACAAAGAUUACCCAUAUAGCUAGGUUUCCGUUUAGAAUACCUAUCAUAG